GUUUCGCGCUGUGUUCCCGCCUUAUUUGAAUCUAUUUUGAUAAAACUACGAAUAUCGCAUCCAUUUUCAUAUAAAUUGUACCGGUGAUGGUUGAAAAUCCAAGCGUGAUGGAUGAUCAAAACGGAUCUGCAAUAACUGAGGAUGAAGCUGCGUUGUAUGACAGGCAAAUACGGCUUUGGGGCCUAGAUGCUCAAAAACGGCUGAGAGCUUCACGUGUUUUGCUGGUUGGCAUACGAGGUAUUGGUGCCGAGAUUUGUAAGAAUCUUGUGCUAUCAGGUGUGAAGUCCUUUACAAUAGUAGAUCCCAAUCCUGUAAAUGAACAAGAUUUUUUGUCACAGUUUCUGGUGCAGCGACAAGAUUUGGGAAAGAACCGUGCAGAGUCUUCUCUACAACGGGCUCAGCAACUCAAUCCUAUGGUACAAGUUACAGCAGACAGUGAGGAUAUUUCCAAGAAAAGUGAUGAUUUUUUAAAAAAUUUCGAUUUGGUGAUAGCCACAGACUGUUCUGCAGAUCAGCUGAUUCAUAUGAAUGAUGUUUGUCAUGCUAAUGGUGUAAAGUUCUUUGCUGCUGAUGUGUUUGGCUUUUAUGGAUAUAUGUUUGCAGACCUUGGAGAACACAAAUAUGUAGAAGAAAAACCUAAAGUUGUUACAGCAUCAGAAAGGAAAAACUCAAGUUCUGAUGGUGAACCAGAAGCAAAACGUAGAAAAGUUGAUGCCAGUGAAACUGUCAUAGUUCAAAAGUUUGCAGAAUUCUAUCGAUUGAAAGCUGCAUUAUCAUGCAAACUAGAUGAAAGACCUGAAAAGAUUUUGAAAAGAUUACCUUCUGUAUAUUUUAUGAUAAAAGUUCUGCUAAGAUUUCGCAGCCAGUAUGGCCGACUGCCACAGACUUCCACAAGCUCUGGGGACAAGGAGAAAUUGUUGAUACUACGAGAUGAUAUAAUGAAAGAACUGAACCUUGAUGUGACACUUCUUCCUGAGGAAUUUGCUUCCUACUGUACUGCAGAAGUGAGUCCUGUGUGUGCCAUUGUUGGCGGCAUUGUGGGGCAGGAGGUUGUAAAGGCUGUUUCAGGAAGAGAUGCCCCACUGAAUAACUUCUUCUUCUACAAUGGUGUCGAGGGUCAUGGAUCUGUGGAAUGCUUUAAAUGAUGUUCAAACAAUCUUACAUUUUUCUUAUAACUUUAACUGAAAACAGGGAAGUCCUGUCACACGACACUUUGCUUAAAAGGACAUGAAUCACUGGCCAUCUUUGAACCUCGUUGUGUGGUGGGCCACAGGGUUCCCACUGAAGAGACAAAUUACUUUGAGAUGUGCGAGUCACAUUUGUUGUUGUUGUUGUUGUUCUUAUUAUCAUUGUUAUUAUCCUUAUUAUUAUCAUUAUUAUUAUCAUUAUUAGUAUUAGUAUUAUUUUCAUUUUUAUAUUAUUAUUAUUUUAUGAAAGAUGAGCAUUUUGUUAUAAGUAAAUAACUAGUAAUUAAUUGUAAAAUAUUAUUUUAAGUGUAUCUGAUAGUAGUCCAAGGGUUUUGUGCCUGUACCUUAUUUUUGUUACUAUUUCUACGAUUAACAUCAGGAUGGCAUAUGAUCUCAAAAUUUUGAUAGAAAAAGGAACACCGUACGACUUUUCGUGGGAAAUUUUUGUACAUUGACAAACGAAAAUUUAUAUGUAGCUCGUUUUAAUUUUGAGCAAAUUACAGAUUGUCCUUGAUCUUAAAAAUGAAAUUCUUACUGAAAAAAAAUCCCGCAAAACAAAACACUGCAAAUAUUUACUAAAGGAGUCCAUAAAAACCCUCAGGGGAGUAGGCAGAGGAGUAAGCAGAUGGUAAGGCUGGGGUAGGGGGUAAGUCCCUUGGUUUGAUUAAAACUGCUCAACAUUCAGAUGUUUGAGGGGAGUAUUUCACUUACGCAGGAAAAUGAACAGGAGAGAAUGUUUUUGAAUGGGCGUCAUGGAUAUAUGUGAAGAGAAGUAAGGGCAUAGCGAAUGCCGCUUAGGGUCACUCAGGAAAUAUACUCCCAGCUUUUUGCCAUUGAUGAAUAGUGUUUCAAAUGGGUGGGAUGUAAGAUAUGAAACAGUUAAGGAAGCCUUGAACAAAAACAGCACGACCGAACGCGCGUUUUGCCAUUUUGAUACCGAUCAAAAAUUUUUUUUCGCAGGCAAUUCCACAGGCGAUAAGACCUUUCGUUGGAAAGAAGAAACUUCAUUUGUUUCGUGAAUUAUCAGCUUUCUGAAAGAAAUUAACUUAGUACUCUUCAAGGAAAAGUCUUAUCGCCUGUGGAGUUGAGGUCUAGGACAGACGAAAAAGAAAAAACAGCGAAACGACUCAGCGUUCACGAAACCAAUUCUUUACUUAUUGAGGUUGGCCAGAUCCUCUCGGUCCACUAAAUGAAGGACAAAACGGUCGACCAGAGGCUGGCUUGAGGUUUUCCCAGUACGCUCGAUUAGCCCUAUAAAAUACAAGAAACAGAAUUAUCGUCAAGGAGAAUUAGAAAAAAAAGAAGAAUGUCACGAAGAGCCAAUGGAAACAUAACGUUGACACAAGUGAACUGCCUAGAGCGCGGGAAAACGAGGGCGGCCAGAUUGCGGUUGGUUUUCGUAGGUCGUCGGAUUGGUUUAGAAAGUGGCGCGAGUUUACCGGACCAAUCACAAAGCGAAAUACAGCUAACGCCAUCUCCCAAUCAAAGUUGCUCAAGUUUUGAUUCUGAUUGGUUGAGAGGGUCAGGUGGCGCUACUCUCCAGACAAGUCACAAAGCGAAGUAAGGAUAACGACGAUGCAUUUUGGGAUAUUUUUCGAUACUACUCCGUUGCAAGAACUAAAUCUUAGUAUACCUAACUUAGCACUAAAGUGAUAGCCAUAGAACUUAAGUCACCUCGCGGGCGCUUAGGGAAUUGUGAGAGGGAAUGCUUGAGACGGCCAUCUUGAAAAAUUUGUGGAGCUUAAAAGUUUCUGUGUUCCCAGGUGUACGCACUUGAGAAGGAAUUCUAUUCACAAUUCGUUACGGACCCACCUUGCUCGAAUCGAGUCUACCGAAUGAUGUUUGAGUGCCUCUCCCCAAGGACUGUGUUUUUCGCUGGCGGCGGGUAAUCUACCUCGUUCAGGAGCAAGCUAAACAGGAAAUGGAAUUCAUUUCUCUAUCUAUAAAGUUGAUAAAUAAAC